GGUCUCUGCUUUUCUCGCCUUCAUCAUGAAGACUCUUCGUCUGUUGCCUCCCUGAUCUUGUUGUGAAUCUUGGUCUUUGCGCCCUUGGACUCCCUGCGGCGGAUCGCCUGGUCAUGCGAACAUCUCCAUCGAAAUGACCUCCCAGGACCUUCGCAUGCACGAUGUAGCCUACGAUGCGCCUGCUCCUCCCCAACACAAACCCAUCCACCCAUCCAUCAUUGAGCAGCUCGAUCCAGCGUUUGUCAAGUUCUACGAUUCAUACAUUGCCAACGGCCCUGCCUGGUCAACCGAUCUCAACACUGUACGGCAGAAUUAUUCGUCCCUCUAUUCUUAUGCAAGUGCGCCUGCAACAGGUGUAGGCGGAAUUGGGGAGACGCAGGUGCCAGGAUGGGACAAAUACCCUGACGAAAUCAACAUACGUGUUUAUGUACCACCAGGUGAAGAGCAGGGCAAUCGCAAGGUGUGGCCCGUACACUUCAACUUUCACGGCGGAGGAUGGGCUGCGGGUGACCUGGAGACCGACGCACAUCUAUGCCAUCACAUCUGCGCCUGUGUUCCGUGUUGUGUAAUUGACGUCGAGUAUCGGUUGAUCCCCGAAUACCCAUUUCCGAUCGGUAUCAUGGACAGCCUCUCAGCCGUGUUGCAUAUUCUUUUCAACCACAACACAUUUUCGAUCGAUCCAGAUCGAUUCACUCUCGGAGGAGAAUCAUCCGGAGCCACGAUUGCUUUAAUCCUCAAUCACUUACUCAGGGACAACGCCUUUGGAGAUAAGUUGAAGGGUGUCGUUGCUGGAACUCCAACCAUUAGCGACGUGAAGAAAUAUGCGACUCCGGGCAUGAGUCCCUGGCCUAGUAUGCGAGACGCUGAAAAUGCGCCACUGUUGAAUUGGGAGAAGUUGAAAUGGUUCGACACUUUCAAAUGGAUGUCUUUGUCCAGCCAGAACUCGACGAGGCCCAAAGAGCAGAAGCGAGACAUAUCAUGGUUUGCCGAUGCAAUGAAUGCGCCAGACUUCAAAAAUUUGGCACCUUUUACCUAUAUUGCGACCGCUGAAGUUGAUCCUUUGCGGGACGAGGCUGAAGCAUAUGGGAAGAAGGUAGAAGAAGCCGGGAACAAAGUCGUCAUGAGGAGAUUCAAAGGAGUACCUCAUCACUUUAUGCACAUGGACCGUUUGCUCACUCAAGGGCAUGACUACGUUCAAGAUGUCAUUCAACAUGUUCGGCAGUGUUUAUAUCCGCCUCGACCACAGGAAAAAGUCUCGACUCCGCCUGAGACUUGAAGGUCCGUUGUUCAUCGAAAAACGAAUCGCAGUCCUGCAGCAUGCGAGACACCUCCUCGCUACCUUGCUUGAUCCCAAGUAAAGCAUCGAGCACAACCAUCCGUUCGAGGUUUGCUGGCCAAAACCCUUGCGCCGGGUCGUUGAGCAGUUGGAAGCAACUAGACAGCAAUCCCGAGCUUCAAUCACCGAUUAUUUUUCAACAGUACUCUCCGUGUUACACUAUCCGCCUCAAAAUGACCAGGUGUUCAAAUCUGCUGUCACCAUCUACGAAAUAGUUGCUGAGCUGUCACCCUUCCUUCGCAAUUCUUGUAUAAUAGUCAACAGCGAGACAUUGAUUUCAGCACCUACAAUCUACUUCCUACAUACAAUAUCUUCACAGAUGUCUCAACAACCAACAUGCACUGCAAGAUGCGUGCACGCGUAUUCGAACGAGUCGCAGGGCAAGAAGCGUUGGAAAAGGACUCUAGCCAUGAUACCCUAAUCCGCUGGCCAGGACGAGCAGUACGGCAUUGUCUUCAUAAGAGGACCAUUGGUACGCCAUGAGACGAUAUCCACGAAUUUGUCGUUAGUAGUAGUUAGACUUCAGUUCCCAGUCUGUCUUAAC